UCUUCAGAUACCAUACGUACAGGGACUUGAUUCCUUUAUAUUACCUCGAACUUUGCAACCGGGAGCAAUAUGACCCGGGAACACCCUCCACCUCCAGAGGAGUCCGUCACAUAUUCCGGCGGACCACAUUCCAACCCACCAGAUCUCCGGCUCCUCCACUACAAUGACGUGUACCAUGUCGAUUCUUCCUCCGCAGAACCUUGUGGGGGCCUCUCUCGAUUCAUCACCCUCUGCAAACACUACAGAUCCGAUGAGCAGUUCAAAGGGCAGCCAGAGUUGCUCGCCUUUUUCUCGGGAGAUGCGUUCAAUCCGAGCUUGGAAAGCAGUGUGACCAAAGGUAGAUAACUUGUCUUUCCUCAGGGUCCACCAACCUCUACUCUCGGGCUAUCCUUACUCAAGUCCGUGACCGCUGUUAUAUCGACUUUUCGGACUCUUUUUAACAUCGAGGAGGCAGUCAUAUGGUCCAUGCCUUGAAUCAGAUUGGAACCAACGGCGCCUGCGUGGGGAACCAUGACCUUGACUUUGGCGUCGAUCAAUUCCGAUACCUUGCCUCACAAUGCAAUUUCCCUUGGCUGUUAGCUAACAUCCUCGAUCCUGCACUCGGCGAGGGGGUUCCCAUCGGCAAUGCCCAGAAGACGCACAUCAUAACUUCCUCGAACGGUAUCAAGAUCGGUCUGAUCGGUCUUGGAGAGCGGGAAUGGCUUCAAACGAUCAACUCCCUUCCGCCCAACAUCAUCUACAAAUCUGCUUCAGAGACAGCGAAGGAGCUCGUCCCGCAACUUCGGGAGCAGGGCGUGGAGAUUAUCAUUGCCAUUACGCAUCAACGAGAGCCGAACGACAACAAACUGGCCGAGAAAUGCCCGGAGGGAUUGAUUGAUAUCAUCCUCGGCGGCCACGAUCACUACUAUAACCACAGCUACAUCAAUGGUACCCAUGUCCUUCGAUCCGGCUCGGACUUCAAACAGUUGAGCUACAUCCAAGCAUGGAGGAGGCAGGAUAGUCCUCAAAAAUGGGACUUUGAUAUUGUGCGGAGGGAUGUCAUCUCGUCUAUCGAGCGCGACCCGGAAACGGUAGAGCUGGUCUCAGGGCUGACGGACGCACUAAAGGCCAAGCUGGACAAACCGCUUGGAUGGACCGCGGCGCCUCUGGACGCGAGGUUUACGACGGUCAGGAGGGGGGAAAGCAAUUAUGCGAACUUUGUGUGCGAUAUUAUGCGACACCACUAUCAAGGCGACUGUUGCUUAAUGGCAGCGGGUACGGUGAGAGGGGAUCAAGUGUAUCCUCCCGGGCCGAUCAGAGUCCGCGACAUCAUGGACUGCUUUCCAUUUGAAGACCCGGUUAUGGUCAUCCGAGUGGCGGGACAAGCCAUUUGGGACGCGUUAGAGAAUGCAGUGUCUCUGUACCCGGCGCUCGAUGGCCGAUUCCCCCAAGUCUCCAAUAUCACCCUAGAAUUCGAUCCCUCGAAGCCCCCCACGUCCCGGAUCGUCAAGGUAUCCAUCGGAAAUGCGCCGAUCGACCUCGAGAAGAAGUACGUCUUGGUCACGCGAGGCUACAUGGCGCGUGGAAAAGACGGCUACGAUGCCCUGCUCGUCGAAUCCGAAGGCGGCAGCGCGGAAGAAAUCGUCUCGGAAGAAAACGGCAUCCUCAUCUCCAUGAUGCUACGACAGUACUUCAUGUCGCUCAAAGUGGUGGGCGCGUGGAAGAAUUGGGGCAUGUCGAUGGCGCAGCAUUGGGGCGAAGUCGCCCGCCACAUGAGCGUCACGCACCCCGUGAUCGAGCCGACCAAAUCGAUCCUAACCAGCCCCCUUGCGCCGGCAGUCGAAAGGAAAGAACAGGCGUUCGGAGGGAGCGCGAGUCCCGCUGAAUCGCGGAUGGACUUUUCGGCGUGGAAGGGAUGGGAACCGAGGGUGAGGGAAUUCCAGGCUCAGUGUCAGCCGUUGGAAGAGGCGGAGCUAGAUGAAUUGCGGAAGAAGGAGCAAACAGAGGAUGAGAAAGAUUUGGAGCGGUUCGAAAAGGAGAAGGCCAUCAUGCGCAAGGUCAUGCACAAGUGGUGUCGCAUUGCUGGGGUGGAGGGGAAACUGUGCGAUAGUCUCAAGGACGGCGAGUUUACGGUGGAUUGGACAAAGGCAAUCUGUCCGACGACUGAGGGCCGGAUCAAGCUCGUGUCUUCUACGGCGUAGUAUCCCCUGGCAGGCUUAGGGAUGGUUGGCAACCAUCAUCUUCGCAUGUGACGAUAUGACUUCUCGUUUGGACAUUGCGCGGCGCCAUAAAGGAAGGAAAUAAAAAGAGAAAGCGAUCACGUUAACGGGUAUGACAACGUUAAAGGCUAUGCUAGACCACCAGUAGAUCUAUCAUCCUGAUGGACUGUUACAUGAAAUUCGCUCACAAAAUCUAAGCGCUCAAUUGAAGGCGUCUAUUCUAUCCAAUGCCUUGAAGCCCCAUCGUUGACCAAUCCAUCCCAAAUAUCUGGAAAUAAACCAAAAAAGCCGUUCAAGAUGUUGGCCUAUGUUGAACUCCUAGAACGAAUCCUAGAUAUCUUCUCCUCCAUCUCUACAUCCCCCAAUCCCUCCUUCUCCUCUGCCCUUUCCCUCUCCCACUCAUACUCCUUCCCCUCC